AUGUCUUCUCUUGCUAAAGCUACUUACAUUGCCGCUCUUCAGUCUGAGUCGUACCCUUUCGCUAUUCCCAUGGAUGCUGGAGCGUACGCUCGUGCCGCGGUCAGCCUCCUUAUGGACAGCUGUAUCGCGAGUGAAGACGAAGAGCAUAUGGCUUGGUUCCAAGAGGAGCUUCGUCAGGCUGCGCUCUGGUUUGAAAUGAAUGAUAUGAUUAAUAUCGAGCAGUCUUUCUGCGUGGGUCUCAAGUUCCUAAGUACACUGGCCGCUUACGGUCACUGCAACCACACUUGUAAUUACGAGUUGGUUCUGGCCAUCGUGGCUUUGAAUAUAGGACACAGUACCGUGUCUGAAUGGGACCAGUGGCCUGCUUGGCACUGGGCCGAUCUUGCGCAGACAGAGCUCGAAACCUACCAGGCCGUGCGUACUUGGGCCAUCGAGAAGGCACUCAACUGGAACAUUACUUUGUCUGUUACUGAGUACGCUCAGUGGACCGACUUUGAACUUCCUUACCUUCUUGGUCUCAAGGAGCCGCACUAUGUCGAAGAGAUUUCGCGUCGUUACUCUGUUGAGUCCGAGGACACCGCCUUCCUCUUCAACAUGUCAAGCUCGACCGCGAUCAGCAUCCCCAACAUCCCGAAGGGCAGGCGCCGUGGCCAACUCCUGCUUCGCGUGGUUAUCCCCGUGGAGCAGAGCGUUGUCCUCCCCCCGCCGACCGGAUACGUUGUUGAUCGCGAGCUCUCGCCUGACGUCUGCCGCGUGUCUCCGAUGAUCCAGCCUCCCCCCGGCCUCGAGAAAUUCACUCCCAGGAGCCCGAUCUUCAGCCCAUGGAAUGUUACCAGUAUCGAGGGCAUGCCCAUGAUCCAGACCACCAGGGCCACGACCUUCACGGGUCGUCUGCCUCCCGGUCUGGAGCAUGUGGUUCGCUGUCCUCCAGUCUUCGACACCUAUCAAGUCGAGGAAACUCAGCGGGUGAAUCGCCCGUUCCGCUUGCCCCCCGGUCUUGAACACUAUGGACAGGAACAAGUAGUGCACUGUGCUCCGAUGUGUAACAACACUGUCGAGCUGGCCUCUUGCAGCCAGACAGAGGUGAUCCGUCCCCCUCCUGGGUUUGAAGACAUCGUUCCGUGUCCGCCGGUGUUCGAUGCCGUUGACGAAACCAUGGCUACUGUUAGAUCGAGGUCCGCCAGCCAGAGGGCUUUGCGCCCUCCUCCCGGAUCUGAAGACAUUAUCCCGUGCCCUCCGGUCUUUGCCUCUGAGAAGCAGAGAAGACCAGUUCACACGAUCAGGCCGCCCCCCGGCUUUGAGAACGUUCUACCCCAUGGUCAACCUCCAGUCUUCGACAACGUCGUCGUCGACGAGAAGCUCGACCCCGCGCAAACCCCCCUCGCCCACCCCCGACCCCAGCUAAUCAUCCCACAGUUCAAGAUUACCCAGAUGGACUUCCUAACGGCCUUCGCUGCGGUCCUUGAAGCUAGCAAGCCAGUCGCGACGAUCCGUCCUCCGCCGGGGUUCGAGGGCAAAGUUCCCCAUCCGGCGUAG